UUCAGCAAGCCUGAUCGAAACAAACACUUUAUCCUUCUUCAAAGGAAUACAUGCGUUAAUUAACCUAAGCUAAAACGAUGAUAAAAACCACUGAAAUCUACAUUUGAUCUUGUAUAUCAACUUACCACACACUUGGGAACAUUCCAUACCCCGGUCCAGAUCCCAAGACAAUGCCCGUAGCCUCCGUGUCCUCGACGUUUGUCCUGGACAAUGGAGCUUGCUCCCUCAAAGCCGGCUAUUCAAGUUGGAGCUCGCCCAAUGUGAUUCCCAAUAGUAUUACCAAAGCCAAAAGCGAAAAACGCCGGAUCUUCAUCGGCAAUCAGAUCGAUGAAUGUCGAGAUUUGUCCUCGUUGUACUUCAUGCUCCCGUUCCAAAAGGGCUACUUGACCAAUUGGGAUUACCAAAAGCAGAUCUGGGAUUACAUGUAUGGAAAGCAGUGCCUCAAUGUGGACACGCCGAGCAAGAAUUUGGUCUUCACCGAACCGUAUUUCAAUUUCCUGUCCAUCCAAGAGGGUCUGUCGGAGUUAUUCUUUGAAGAAUAUCGCUUUAAAAACGUGUUUCGAACCCAUCCCGGAGAUCUGACGUGCUACAAGAACAAAAUGGAGCAUCCCGAGGAGCCGUGUUGUUUAGUGGUGGAUUCUGGCUACAGUUUCACCCAUAUAGUUCCCUAUGUGGAUGGAAAGCGAGUCCGGAAUGCCACUAAGCGGAUUGAUGUGGGCGGGAAGCUCUUGACGAACCACCUAAAAGAGAUCAUCUCAUACCGACAACUUCAUGUUAUGGACGAGACUUAUGUGAUGAAUGCUUGCCGAGAGGAUUGCUGUUACGUGUCCUUGGACUUUGAGAGGGACUUGACCAAGGCCGAGAGUCGCACUGAGAGCCGCGAUUAUGUCUUGCCGGACUUCACCAACCUUCGACGAGGCUUCAUGAAGUCUCCCGAGGCAAGCAAUGGCCGACCCGAGGACAGUGAGCAGAUCAUCCGGAUGAAUAAUGAGCGCUUUGCGGUCCCGGAGAUCCUCUUUCACCCGUCGGAUAUUGGAAUCCAACAGAUGGGCAUUCCGGAGACCAUUGCCCAUGUGAUUAGUGAAUGUCCAGAGGAGACCCAACGGUGGUUGUACCAAAAUAUCGUGUUAACUGGCGGUCUUGCCAAAAUGCCCGGCUUUCGAGAACGGAUUCUCAAAGAUGUCCGAGAGUUGGCGCCCAAUGAGUUCAAGGUGAUUGUCCGACUUCCUGAGGAUCCAAUUUCUUACGCAUGGCAAGGAGGAGCGGCUUUAGCCGAUGACCCCAUUUUUAGAGAACUCAGUGUGUCCAAAUUAGACUAUCAAGAGCGUGGCCAUCAGGCCUGUGUGGACAAAUAUUAUCUUUAAUGUCUGUAUUCCGACUUGGAUUGGACAUGUUACACACAUUGGUUACACACAACAUUGUUUUUUUUAUUCUUAAAAAGUCAAAUUAAAUCAUGUCAGUGAGCAACGUU